CAGCUUGACAAAAAAAAAUGGCUGGUGAGUAGUAAACUAGCCCUGCCAACGUUCAGCUUUAGUUCUUUGUUUUAUUGUAUAUUUAAUCAUGUCAUUUUCAGAUUUAUAUGCAAAAUAUAAUUGUACUUAUUGUCAAGAAGAAAUUAGUGGCGUACGCGUCAAAUGUGCGGAAUGUAUCGACUUUGAUAUUUGUUUGCAGUGUUUUUCCCUUGGCGCAGAAAUUGGAUCGCAUAAAAAUGACCACUCUUAUCAGUAUAUGGACUCUGGAGCGUUUGGGAUAUUUUUAGGACGAAGUAGUUGGUCAGCAAAUGAAGAAGUUAGAUUACUUGAUGCCAUAGAACAGUUUGGGUUUGGAAAUUGGGAAGAUAUAGCUAAACACAUAGAAACACGGACCCCAGAAGAGGCCAAAGAUGAGUAUAUCACAAGGUACUUGGAAGGCAGCAUUGGCAGAGCAACAUGGGGCAACUUAGAGAGCACAAGCAGACCAUCAUUGAACUCUGCAGAUAAAGAUGAGGGUCCAUUGGGACCCAGUGCGGUUUCCCGGCUACCGCAUCUCGCAGUAACCUCCGAUGAAGCUGCACAGCUUGGAUACAUGCCAAACAGGGAUGACUUUGAAAGGGAGCAUGACCAUGAAGCGGAACAGUUAAUAUCAACACUAUCCCUGAAUCCUGAAGACGAUGAGUUGGAUGUUGCCCUGAAGCUGUCGCAAGUGGACAUAUACACACGUCGUCUAAGAGAGAGAACAAGAAGAAAGCGCUUAGUGAGAGACUACCAGCUGGUCUCUGUGUUCUUCAACAACCAGAGGAAUAAGCAGAAGACGCUUGGGAAACUUGCCAAAGAGAAAAAAGAGUUCACGGAGCGCGUGCGCUGGACGGCGCAGUUCUACGGGCGCCUGGAGCAGGCGGGCGUGGUGGGCGGGCUGUGGCGCGAGCGCGAGCUGCGCGUGCGGCUGGCGGAGCUGCACCGCUACCGGCUGGCGGGCGUCACGCGCCCCGAGGAGUGCGCGCACCACGACCAGCACGCCGCGCACCGCCGCCACGCGCCGCCGCAGGACGCGCGCCCCGCCGCACGACUGCUGGGCAGCAGUGGGUGCCUGGAAGCCAGCCAGACAAAAGAUCUAACGCCGAACAGCACGCAGCUGCCAAGAAAAAGAGACGGCGAAAGCGGCUCAAGUUCCACCAGCCCAAGGUGCACACGGGACGGAAGUACCGCAUGUGGAUGCUCCAAAAAGAGCUCAUGCAGCAACAGCAGCGCCGCAUGCUCGAGGCAGCUGCUGACCACUAACGAGAUACAGCUAUGUACGGCGCUGAGCCUGGCGCCGGCGCAGUACGUGACGAUGAAGGGAGUGCUGCUGCGACGCGGCGCCGACGCCGACGUGGACGUGGCCGUCCGACACUACCUGCAUGCCGCCGGCUGGGUGCACAACUAGACCAUACCCUGUUUCACAACCCUACAACUUAUACUACCCGCCGACGUCCGAUAAUCGGUCACCGAUUUUAUGUAGGACACAAAAAUAGAACAUAUUGACAGCAAUAGUGCAACGCAUACGUCCUUUAUGAAGUCGUCAGAUAAUCUUACUAAGAACGUCCUACAAAAAAUCUGCCCGAUUAACUGUAAAAAGUUUGACGUGGGCAGACUCACUUCAGUAUUUUGUUACCGUUUAUUGACUUAGUAAAUAUAUGAAAGGCGUUCCCUAGAGUCUAGGAUUUCUUCAGUGACCUAGACGAUCGAUUAAAUUGCGUAAUAUUAUGUACCUACUGUGCAAAGGAGGAUGUCCAUAGAAUUCAGAGUCAGUGUCACGCGUAUACGAGUUACAUAAUUCUUGACAACUACCGGUACAAAACAGACUUUUGCCUUUAUAACAUUAGUGUGAUACUCAAUUAUCAAUGAUUUUUUGAAAACGAAUAUUUGAUUUAGACACAGCAAGUCUGCUCUACCUUACCAAAAAAAUCGGGUUCUUGAUCCAUGCAGUUUUGGGCAUCCUACUUUAUUGACCUACAGAGUUAAUAUUGCAGAUAGCGCAAUGACUUUUUGUGACCAAAUUUGUUAUUGUAGUUCUAGAGGCUUCCUAAAACUCUGGCACCCCAGUUGCAUCCCGUUAGACUGGAAGCCGAGCCCAAAAUAGUUGGGAAAUGGCUAGGAUGGCAAUGGAUGAAAUAUAGGAGAUUGAAUAUUCUAGCUGGUUAAAAACAUAACAAAGAUGCUUUGCAGAUAAAUUACAGCUUUUAUAAAAUAUUCAGCUGUUAUGAAAUACCCAGCAGUUACACAAACUGGUUUAUAUAAACCAAUCGAAUUGAAAGCCCCCUCUUUUUAAGGAAGCAGGUUAAUAUAGCUAGUGGUUAUUUGCUCUUUAGCAAUAUAUAAGCAUUACGUAGGCACUGGUUGUGAUGCUAAACAAUCCUUGGCAGUUAUAAUAAUUGGACUCAAAUAAAUCACUUAAAAUCGCAUGCCUUGUAUUUGAAAGAAAGUUAGACAAGAAUCCAGGUAUGUAUUAGCCAAAUAAAGCACUGAUUUAUAGAUCGCUAGAUAUGCAGUAGGUUGACAAAAGUAGAGAUUUUAGUAAUAUCAGUGAAUAGACCAGUAUAAAACUUCAUAUAAAUAAAUGUAUCUUAAUAGUGUUCCUACGUUACAUUUAGAAAACAGUUAACAACGUUCACAGUAACUAACUCGGUACAAAGUAUAUUAGUAACACAAAAGUACGGUUGUGAAACAGGCUUACUUAUAAAGGUCGUAACACAUAUAUCAACUUACAAACCGUUUCGAUUACAUUCAGAAGUUGAAAUACAAAUGAUACUGAAAGUCCCGAGUUGAGGGCCAUUUCCGAGUUGAUAUGUAUGCUACGACCCUAAAGCUACAUCUCUACCUAUUGUUUCAAACAUUAUAUUAUCUAAGUAGAUUGUUAAAGUUUUUCAUAGAAGAAUCUUAGUGAAAACAUAUUGUGUAUAUUAUUCAGAGUUAACUCUUAAGGAGCUUGUUAACUGAUGUCUACUGCAAGUUUUGCCAUAUUAUAACCGCAAAAGGAUGCGCAUGAGUGCCCAAUGUUUAUUUGUGGAAUAACUUCGAGAAUUUACGAAAAAGACAAAGAUUUUGAAUAAACCAAUCAAAUGGAUGGCUUAAAUGUAUAAGCGAAAAGCAACAACACCUCUGGCUCUAUUCUCAUUGGCCCAUUAGUCGAAUGCAAGCAUUGUGACAUUUAUUAUAGUAUAAUGAACUCUAUCACGAAGUUAAAAGGUACAUAAUACCUAUGUUAUACCUAUGGAGUACAUAAUACCUUUUUAAUAGUUAAUAAUAAUAUCGCAUCGCUGUAUUUCGUCAAUGGAGCCUACAACUAGAUUCUUCUUUAGUUGAAUUUAUUGAUAGAACUAUCAAUGUAUGAUUUUGCACGAAGUUAACCUCAUGUUGUGAGACUGCUCUUAUAGAGCAUUGUAAAUACUUUACGCCGAUGUAUAUAAGUAUUGCUUUGUAUUUCAUUCCCGACUGUGUUGAACCUACGAUUCUUAUAAAUAUUCUACUUAAUAAAAAAAAACUUAAAAAAAAUGGUGUAGUCCCAAAAUGAUGUUAUGUUUAAAUGAAGUGUGAAAAACUGAUAAUACAUGAAAAUAAAAAAUAUUUAAUAUUAUAUUUGAGUAAGCUUAAUGCUAUGAAAAAUUAAAAAAAAGAUAAGAGUUUAAGAAAAGAAGGUCUUAUGUUGCACAAUGCAGUCGGAUAUAUCAUAAUUUUAGUGGAAUAUGUUAUAAUGCUUGAUACCUCUUUUCUACCUCUUCUGAAAAAGGAGGUUAGUGAGCAAUGAGUAACAUAUUGGUGUAAUACGUUAUACUUAUUAAAAAAAGUAAAGAGUAACGUACAAACUUCGCUGAAAUUAUAUAAAGCAAUCUCUAGUUUUUUGAUUAUGUGAAUAUGUAGAUAUAUAACGUUGGUAGAAGGCACAGAUAUCGUACACACAUGCUAUGUACAGUCAACUUCAGGUCAGUGGUAACAGUUUUAUAGGAAAAUCGUACUAAAUUACUAUUGAGUUAAGGUGCAUGACAGUUACCACUGAUGUGCAGUCUACUGUACUAUUUCUAAUUUCGAUACGAAAAAAAUGUAUAAUGUUACGGAUGUAGAAAGCGGUUUUCAUAGAUUUGGUAAAAAAAUAUAUAAACCGCUUUUACCUUGCCCUUCUAGGCCUAAGUACACCAACAACAUAAACUAUAGUUUCGUUAAAACACCUGGGUUACUUUGAAAAUUGAACGUGAAAAUUCAUCGUUACAGUUGUUUUAACAAAACUGAAGUUUGCGUCAUCGAAUCAUUUAGGCCUUGAGUGGUUUUAAUUUCUUUUUCAUAGUAUUUGGACUUAUAAAAUGUACGAUUUUCUUAAAUUCUUGUGUCUUAGCCGGAUGGCGGUUUCCAUCGUCAAGUAUACGCGUUUUGGUUAAAGUUUCAGCGUUCAUUAAAUGUUCGUGUGGGUCCCAAGGCUCCAUGUUAGCUAAUUCCUAGGUUUAGUAUCUAAAUCACUACACUUAUUUACAAGGAUACGACAUAGCGACAAUGGCGCUUGGUUUCACUGAUAAAGUGUCAGUUAUUUAUCUGAUAGUUAAUGCUAUCUGUCAGAUAUUGCUAUCCGAGAUCUGUGAAACGAUAAGUUCUAUUUUAUCUGUCAGAUAUGUUCCUGAUAGGAAGUUGCUUUUUCGUAUAUCAGUGUUAUCUAGAAAGUUUGUCCAAAUGUCGCAUACACUUGUACAGCACAAUAUUAAUUUGUAUUUCGUUAUUUUCACGUGCACAUUAAACGGUACCUGAUGGAUAUUGUUUGUGACACUGAACCAAAGUAGUUUUAGUUAGUUUUAGCGAAUGUCCGACAGUUUCGACAUUUUCGAAUAUGGAAACACACUAUGCCACAUAAUGUCUAUUAUGAAUAUUAAUGAGAAAUACAGUCCCCGUCAAGCGACUUUAUCGUUCUGAAGUCAGCAGCCAUUUGAUGACUUAGGCAACAAACGCUGCUGUGCUUGCGCAGACAACUUCAGAGCGGCAAAGUUAUUUGGUAGGCGCUGUAAAUAUUAUUGUUCUGGAUUGUUUCAUCACAGGUGUUUUAUGCAUAUUUUUUCCAUUGUACACUUGGUUUGCGUUUGUACGUUGUUUUGCGGUUAGAGAUUCAUUCUUAUAUCAAAAAUCGGCCAUUAGUACUACGGAAUAAAGGCAAACCACAUUUUGCAAGUAAUUCAUGUGUUAUUGAUAUCCAGCGUAAAUCUUACAUGUUAUACUAAUUUUGGCAAAAGCAAUGUAAUAAUAAACUUGUGUCAGUCUAACCGCUGUGCUGUAAGAAGCAGACCAUGUUGUGUAAUAGAAUCACAGUACCUAUAAAAUUAAGAUUCCAUUGUUCUAUAUUUACUCUUCUAGCACACCAUAAUGUGGUAGUUUAAAUUGUGUUUACAUUGCAUUGGUUGCUUUUGUAUACCGAAAGUUUGAUUAUUUGAUCAGUGACUAAUACGAUACAAAUGUCAUGUUAGAAUUUAAAUUCAGUAUCCGUUUUAAGACAUGUAAUAAAAAAAAUCUAGUUUAAGCAUUGACAAAAUUAAACUGAAUUUGCGUAUACUGGUGACCGCAAUGUGUCGCUAGAAGCCAUAGACCAUACAAAGACAAACUUGCGGCUACUUUAAGGAGGCCCUAAUAUUUCGAAAUAACGAUUCAUAUAUUAUAGCAUAUUUGAAAUAUUAUUAUGACAAGCUUAAGUGUUUUUAACCAUAUGCUCGUAAUCGUAUUGUGGCAUUCGUGUUAUGCAAUCGCUAAGCUUACAAAAAUUCUACAUCGAAGUCCAAUGUUACUUAACUAUUAGUUGUAACAAUGGCUGUGGUAGAUUUUAACUAAUUAUUUAGAUAAUUUGAAUAGUCUUUAUGUUACACAGUGAGUAAGGCUAUUUUUCCUCAUCUUAGAUAGUAAAGACAAAAUUGUGAAGGUAUUAUAUAAAUCUUCCAGCGUUGAAUGUUGAAUGUAUGGAACGGUAUAUAAUAUGAUCUCUCUUAAUGUAUGUUUAUCUGCAUUUUAUUAUGAUUAUUAUUUAAAGUAUAGUUUAUUUAUUAACGGAACUACGUUUCUCCGAAUGAUUCCAAAAAGUAAGUAGUUGUAAAGGUUUAACAUUUCCGUUUCAAGAGUGCUUGAGAGUCAGUUUAUUUGUUACUUGAAUUGUACAAGUAAACAAGAGGGAAGUUAGUAUUUUAAUUAUUUAAGACUUUUAUGCAAUAAAAAUCAAAUUAGGUGAAUGUGGUUGUUUACCAUUUUUGUCGUAUUUAAUGGGUAGUUUUAACACUGGUAAUGCAUGGUAUAUAGGGGAAAGUACGACAUCACUUUAUUUUGAAAUUACCUAUCUGUCGUCUCCUUGUUUAGAAUAUUUUAUAUAGCUGUUAUAAGUAGGUAUCUCUGUGCAUUCACUGUUUUGGCUCAAAUGUACAUAAGAUUUAAAGUACAACUUGAUAUUGUAAUUAUUACUGAUUUAUAAUUUAAUUAAAUGAAUAAAAUACAUUUUAAAAG